AUGGCUGAGCAAACUGAACUAGAGCAUCCGACUCGACUGCCAUCUCAACAGCAGCAGCCAGAGUCGAAUGCAACAGCAUUUCCAGGAUUCACUAUACAGCAUGUAAACAACUGUUGUUUUUCUUCAUGGUAUUCGCACUUUUCGCAAUGCACUUUCAAGUCGAUUGUAAUCCAACCACUUCCAGAAACAUUCAUCGACUAUUUAAAUGCGGAUGGUAUUUAUUUACCAUCUGAAGUAAACCAUGCACCACUUGCCGAAUAUGAUGUCGACUCGGAUACGUCUAGUGAAGUGAAUCAAGACGUAUCCGAUACAGAGGAAGACACACCGAAUCCAUCGUUUCCUACUCUCGAAGCACACAUCAUUUCAUCCAUCACUCGUCUUGGUGGUCGUAUUUUCCCCAAACUCAAUUGGUCAUCACCUAAAGAUGCUGCAUGGAUUACGUUUGCAACAACACUUCAAUGUACAACACCUGCAGAUAUCUUUUUGUUGUUGAAAAGUAGCGAUUUUAUUGCUCAUGAUUUGUCCCAUGCGUAUGAGGAAUGUGUGGAUUUUGAACCAGGUCAUGAUCAAGACCGACCCAAAGAGUUUGAACUGGUCCUGCGUGAAUGGUUUGAUUUGGCUCCAUCCAUGCAGUUUCGGUGUUUUGUUCAUCAUGGGGAUUUGGUCGGCAUGUGUCAAAGAGAUUCAGGCAACUAUUUCGAAUUUCUUAAACUUAAUAGAAAUACCAUUGAGCUUGACUUGUGCAGAUUCUUUGAUUCAAAAAUCAGUGGAAAGUUUCCUGAUCCCUCAUAUGUGUUUGAUGUUUACAUGAAUGCACGUACAAGAAAUAUAUGGUUGAUGGAUUUCAACCCAUUUGGACCUACAACGGAUGCUCUCCUCUACACGUGGCAAGAAAUCCUGGAAUCCACAGAAUCCAAGUUACGCAUUGUGGAAUCCACCGCAGAAGCAGAACACCAUGCUAAAUCCAAUUUCAGCCAUAACCGACUACCCAAAGAGGUAUUCGAUCUUUCAAACAAUGCAUCCAUUCACGAAUUUUCAGAACGGUUUAAACAAGGACUACUUCAUGCUCAGUUUGACAAAGUAAGCCCUGAAAGAUAAAAAUUCAUCCAUUCAAACAUG